AUGAAAGCAGUGGUAGUGUUGUGCGCAGCCGUGACGCUAGUUUCGGCGCAGGACUUCGCGCCGUUUCUGCAAAAUCCAGCGUUCGUCAGAAGACAGCUUGCUUGUGUUGCUGGGACCGGAUCCUGCGACGGCAUAGGACGCUUCUUGACAAGGGCUGCGGCUGAGGUGUUGAGUCGUAACUGCGCCAACUGCACGCCGGAACAGCGCUCCAACGCCAACAGACUGCUCACCUUCAUACGUAACAACUACCCUACAGAAUACGGCCAGAUAUACAACCGUUUUAGAGGAUGA